CCUGAACUGAGGCCCUCUCUUUAGCCUCUCUCAGCAUACAGCAUUCCCAGGAUCAUGGCACACAAGAUGAUUGAAGUGGCCCUGUGCACAACCCUGCUCAUAGGUGUGAUGGGAGCUCCAUUUUUGUCUGAUGAUUCAGCAAAUCAGUUCUUACGACUUAAAAGACAAAUAUAUUCACAGGAUUACUGGGACCCAAAUCACAGUCAGAAUGCAUGGGGAUAUACUCUGGCUGAACAGGCCAGUGAAUCAUGGACUGCUUUGAGAACAACAGCCCAGUAUUACAUGGACCUGGGAUCUUUUGUCUUUGAUCCAUCAACUGCCCAGGACCACAUGAAGUCUUAUAUGGAUAUGUUACAACAGUCUGGAGCUCAUCUUCAGCAGGAAAUGAACAAACAGAACUGAGGAUCUGGAAGAAAUACCAACCAUGACAAGAUGCACUACUUUUCAGAUAUCAUACUGUCAGCUACUUACUAUUUCUAUAAUUCACAUUCCAUCCCUUAGAUGAGUCUUAAAUGAUGAAUUUUGAGAAAACGCAUAAUGUGUUAUGUUUUAUAUUGUUAGCCAUCUAUGGCUAUAUAUAAAAACAUAUGAAGAAGAGAUCAUAAGAUCUUAGAUUUGAGCGGGAAUAGACUUCAGAAGUCACCAAAUCCAACCUAACUCAUUUAAACUGAGCUACAGGAAAGUUAAAUGACUUGCUUAGAUUUACACAAUUAGUAUGUGGAUGAGAUAAAAUUUGAACCCAGGUCUUCUUGACUGUAGUUCCUUUAUUUUAUCCACCAUCUUUCAUAAGGGCUAUGGGAAAUAUGAGCAGAGGAAUAAGAGAAGGUUUCAUCUAAGCAAUGACAUCUUAGUUGGCCCUUAGAAGAAUUCCAACAGGUAGACAUCAGGGACAGAGGGAGGGAAGUCCAUUUCAGGUAUGGGAAAUAGGAUAAUUAAAACUAAUGUUAAUACUAUAAAAUCUUUUUCUUCAUAACCUGAUAGAAACUUGGAAGAAACUAAUUUUAGGAUAGUAUAGCUUGUAGAAUUGUGCUCCAGUAGUAUAUUCCUUUUUUCAUUCAUUCUAGUCUACAUAGCAAAGAGUAGACAGUCUAUUAAAAGAUAUACUGUGAAAUUAUAAGGCUGAUUUUUUGCCUGGUUUUACUCAAGCAUCUUACUUAUCAUACUGUGAUUCAAUAAAUAAUAAAUUUCAUAUCUAUUGAAGAAAUGUUUAUCAUUCCUUGAAACAUAUUCUCAUGAGGAAAUAUUUUAAAUCUUAAAGCACAGCAAAAGCCACUAAGCCUAUGAGAGGAAAUUUGUGCAUCAAACCAAAGGGUAGCUAAGCAAGACAUAUUAUAACUGAUUGACAAGUAAACCCCAGUAACUCACAUAUUGUUCAUUCAUUCAGUUGUGACCUACUCUCCAAGACACUAUGGACCAUAGCAUACCAGGUCCAUCUAUCCUCCACUAUCUCCUGAAGUCUGUGCAAGCUCAUGUUUGUGUUUCCAUG